AUGGUUGAAGAGCAUCAAACGUCGUCGCGGGGCGACCGGGAGCACGCGCGCGCGCCGUCGAUGGAAGGCGACGACGAAGAGGAAGAGAGGGAAGCGUUUGAAGCGACCGAAGGGGGUGGCAGUAGGAGUAGUAAUAGUAAAAGAAGAGUUGAUAGUGUAGACGAUGACAACGUAACAGAGAAUAAAGACGCCAUAGGAGCUGGAGGAGAGGAAGAGGAGGAUAAGUUGGAGAAUUUAGACAUGUCCUGGAGCGAGAAGGAGGAGCACGAGAACGCGAUUAGAGAAGAGGAGGGAAACGCCGCAAAGGGGAGUAGUAGUAAGUACAGCGAUAACGAUGAUGAUGCGUUAGACGCAAUCAGCGCGGAAUCGUCGGCAUCGCAAGCGAGAAUUAAGAAAUUGAAGCAAUUGAUUAAACCAAGGAAGAUGCGCGUGUUUCUUUCCUUGAAAGCUAUAAAUCCCGGGUGCCGCUAUUUAUCCGAAGGCCUCGGGAACGUCGAACGAAGUGAUCUUCAAGGGAACGGGUACGGAAAAUUAGUCACGGAUCCUUCUCAGUUAUAUACCGUUGGAAGUAGUGGUAGUACUAAUAACGGUUUAGGAGUCUCCGUGCAGCAGCAAAAGCAAACGAUAAUUUACGACGGAAACGGAGAGCCGAUGACGAAAAAGCCAUCCGGCGCGUCCGUCGCGAAAGAAAUCGCCUCCAACGCGGGCAGUGGCGGGCUGAGAAAACUCCUCUCUUCCGACGACAACACGAACAUUUCUCCGGACGAGGAAGCCGCAAACGCUCGAAUCAGUCCAAAUAAGUGUCGCGUUCGCUGGUCCACGGGCCGAGACGGCAAGGAAAUGUCCACGACACCGAUGGAGUUUAAAAUGCUCCACGUUGCUCGCAAACAAGCGUUAGAGCUCGAAACGCAAUUCCUUCCUCGUCUCCCUCACCGAGAUUACGACCAAACGUAUAAAACCUGCGCAGUUGUUGCCAACGGAGGCGUCCACCUCCGAGCGCAAAAAGGCAAGGAAAUCGACGAGCACGAAGCCGUCUUUCGCAUCAACUACGCCCCAGUUUCCGGAAAGUCGUCCGCCACCAACAAAGACUUCUCCAAGCACGUCGGUUCUCGAACAACCUUCGACGUCGUCAAUCGUCCAAACUCGGACGCGCUUCUUCGCGGCGCGCACACUUGGCGUAAAGCGGAAAGACAACCUGGCCAAUCUGGAUUCGCGGGUAAAAACACUCCGGGCAAAACCCGCCGCGUCGCUGCGUUAAUCCUCGGCGAACCUCUCAUCCGCGAUGCUCGCCGAGAACAGUUUUUGCCGCUCAUGCGCGCCAACAAAGACAAGGAAAUCUACCUCACCACGCCCGAAACGACGUACACGUUUCGCUACGUCUGGCACGAGUUGAAAAAAAUCGUCGAAGCUCGCAACCCGGGCAGCAAAUACAACGACAAACCGAUGACCGGUUGGACUACGGUCAUGCUCGCCGUCCAACUCUGCGAAAACGUCUCCUUAUACGGUUUCCAACCGUUUAAAGGUGACUCCAAAGACGAUCGGUACCACUACUUCGACCGAGUCACCGCGAGCUUAAAAGUGCACUCGUUCGAUUUAGCGUUUGAAGUGUUCAAGUUGUUGCGAGGUUUCAACGUCACGUUGAUCGAUCCCGAGCACGACGGCGAUUUCGGGAAACGGAUUCAAUAG